AUGGUAGUAAAAUUUGUAGAGAAUGAGGAGGUUGGGGCAAUCACUACACAUAGUGGGAUUCAACUUCCAGAAAUCACAGUCGAAAGAUGGGUUAAGGCAAUCGUUCCUGUCAAACCUUAUGGGCUUCCUAUCUCGUUUCCACAGAGAUUACAAAAGAGGAAGUUGGAAGAACAAUUUACAAAGUUCUUGGAUAUCUUCAGGAAGCUUCAUGUCAAUAUCCCUUUGAUUGAAGCUUUAUCUCAAAUAUCAAACUAUGCAAAAAUUUUGAAGGAGAUCCUAUCGAAAAAGAGAAGGCUUAUAGAUUUUGAAACCAUCAAGUUAAAUGAGGAGUGUAGUGCCAUCUUGCAGAACAAAUUACCUCCUAAGCUACAAGAUCCAGGGAGUCUCAAAAUACCUUGCUCAAUAGGGAAUGAUUCGAAUUUUAAUUGUUUAUGCGACUCAGGACCAAACAGAUCAAUUAAAUACCCACGAGGAGUGGUUGAGAACGUGCUCAUUAAAGUGGGAAAUUUCAUAUUUCCCAUUGAUUUUGUUGUCCUAGAUAUAGAAGAGCCAUGGUAUGUAGUGUUAAUUAUCUUGGGCAGAUCCUUUCUAUCAACAAGCCGAGCUGUCAUGGACUUUGAAUGUGGCGAAUUGACAUUGAGAGUGGAAGAUAAGCAAGAGAAGUUCAAGAUCUACAACACUAUCGAGAAUCCAUUACAUGAAGAGAUCAGCAAAAAGGUUAAGGAAUAG